AUGGUACACAAACAUGCUUUUGAGGCUCUUGACCGUACAUUGAAGGAUGUUUUGAGUGUUGGUGAUUCACGAAAUUCUGAACUUCCAUUUGGUGGAAAGGCUAUUGUCUUUGAUGGUGACUUUAGACAAAACCUACCGGUUGUACAAAAUGGAAGCAGACAAGAUAUCGUACACGCCUCUUAUGUUCAUCCUACAUUUGGUCGACUUGUGAGUAGUGCAAGCAUCGAGGAGAUAAACGAUUUUGCUAAAUGGCUUCUUGAAAUUGGCGAAGGUAAUGUUGGUGAUAGUAACGAUGGCGAGUCAACUAUAGAGAUACCAAACGAUCUUUUAAUAACUGAUUCGACUGAUCCAAUUCAAAGUUUGAUUGACUUUGUAUAUCCUUCGGUUCUUGACCGUUUUAAAGAUCGUGACUACUUUUCUGAAAGAGCCAUACUCGCUCCUAAGAAUGAAGUUGUUCAUGGUAUCAAUGAUCGAUUGCUUGCAUUGUUUCCCGGUGAAGAAGUAGAGUAUCUUAGCUCUGAUAGAUUACCAAAUCAUAGAUUGGUAUUAAAGUUGGGUGUUCCAGUGAUGCUUUUGAGGAAUAUUGAUCAGCAAAAUGGUUUAUGUAAUGGUACACGUCUUAGUAAACGUGUUAUUGAGGCUGAAAUAUUAUCGGGAGGUAAUGUUGGUUCAAGAACUUACAUUCCAAGAAUUAGCAUGGUACCGUCGGACAAGAAAAUACCCUUCAAGUUUCAACGAAAGCAGUUUCCAAUAACUGUAUGCUUUGCGAUGACUAUUAACAAAAGUCAAGGACAAUCUCUUUCAAGAGUCGGUCUUUACCUGAGAGACCCUGUAUUUUCACAUGGCCAGCUGUAUGUUGCAUUGUCGAGAGUAAACACUAAAGAUGGCGUCAAGCUUUUAAUAUUUGACAAGAAUGGGUGGCCGACAAAUCAAACCACGAAUGUUGUCUAUAAAGAGAUAUUUGGGAAUUUAUAG